AUGCCCGACAAAACAAUGCGCGCUGUUGUUUUCAACGGCCCAUACAAAGUCUCCGUUGACAACCGGCCACUUCCCCAAGUCCAGCACCCCGAGGACAUCAUUGUGAAGGCAACUUAUACUGCGCUUUGUGGGAGUGAUUUACAUGUAUACCGCGGCUUGGAACCCGCUGGGACGGGGUUCAUCAUGGGCCACGAGUUGACUGGGGAAGUGGUUGAGGUUGGGGACGCGGUCAAGUCUGUGAGUGUUGGGGAUGUGGUUGUCUCAGCGUUUACGACGUCGUGCGGGCAGUGUUUCUACUGCACUCAGGGCUUCUCGUCCAGGUGUGAUAAGAAUGCGCUGCUUGGGUGCGAUGAUCUAGAUGGGGCGCAGGCUGAAUACGUCCGAAUCCCACACGCAGACGGAACAGUAAUCAAAUCGCCCCAGGGAAUUGAAGACAAAUACCUCGUCCUGAUGGGCGACAUCUUCCCAACAGGAUACUUUGCCGCAUUCAACGCGUUCAAGAACUCCACCGCUGAGCAAAUCGCGGGGCAAAUUGCCGUCGUGAUAGGAUGUGGUCCAGUUGGUCUUUGCGCCCUGAUCAACGCCCUCGAGUACAAACCCAAGCAUAUCCUCGCUGUCGAUUCGGUCCCCUCGAGACUCGAACUGGCACGAUCCCUCGGUGCCGAGCCGUGGAAUUUCCAGACCGAUCGUGAAGGUUUGGGCAAGAGAGUCCUUGAGCUGACGGAGGGGAGAGGGGCAGAUGCAGUCAUUGAAGUUGUAGGGUUGAGUCCGGCGUUGAGAAUGGGAUUUGAUUUGCUCAGGCCUUGGGGAGUGAUUAGCAGUGUUGGGGUUCACAAUGGAGAGAUCCCCUGGAACGGCAGCGAGGCAUACGGAAAGAAUGUGACACUUCAGAUGGGUCGGUGUCCCGUUCGGUCUGUUUCGGAUGCUGCGCUGGAGGUGUUGAAGAAGAAUCAGCAUCUGCUUGGAUUCAUGACGGAACAUAUCAUGCCUCUUUCGCAAGCUGCCGAAGCUUAUGAUAUUUUCAAUGCGAUGAAAGUACAGAAGGUGAUCUUUGAUGCUGGAAAAUAG